CUAGGCGUCGUCAACGACCCUACUCUCAACCGUGACUCGUGCGGAUCGGCGCUGAUCGGCGGGAGAGUCCUUUGGACGUGCCGCGACACACAGACUGUUGAUUCCAGUGGUGUGAAUGCCCUCCCCAUCAUUAGCACCACCGCAAGCUGGACCGAUCUCAAUGCCCAGGGACAGCCGUCGCUCAGUGGGAACACUUACUCCAUGUACGGGAGCAACAAUUUGCAGUCCACGUUCUACCCUUUGCAGGCAGACGAAUGCAACGGCAACACGGCAGGAUCCUGCAGCGACAACACGCGCUACGCCAUCUGGCCGGACUCCUCACCGCUUGUCACUGACACCGCCGCCGAUGGCACCGUCACGGCAUACACCUGGAUACGCAACGACCACAUCAAGGCUGAUCUGUCGGACCUGACACCCGACUGCGUCUCGUCGCUCUACAAGGUCGUCUACUCCACCUCCGCAGGACACGACGCACUUCCCACCGUCACCCUCGUCAACGAGAACUUCUGGACCGCCAGCGAGCAGCUGCCGUAUGGUGCCUACGGCGGCUUCGUCGCCGACGGCACAGCCUAUCUCUACGGCAAAGGGAGUUCGGGGACCGUUGGGCUCGCCAAGGUUCCUGUAGGAAGCAUCGAGAAUAAGAGCGCGUACCAGUUCUACGUGAACGGCGGGUGGACGUCGAUGGCGCCGAGCCUCGGCGCGAGCGGCGUCAACAUCCCCAACGUCUCCGCCGGCGGGCAGGGCACGUACUACUACUCCCCGCCCUGGAACAGCUACGUGUGGAUUGGCCAGCCGGGCCUCAGCGUCUCCGCCGACUUCUUCAUCACCACGAGCCCCAACCCCGAGGGCCCCUGGACACAGCCGACCAAGUUCUACUCGGGCGCUAACGGGAAUGCGACGCUCGGCGCGUACACUUUGCAGGCACAC